AUGAAUAAAGUCUGUUCACAAGCUAUAUCCAACUACGUAAUAUCAAGUCAGAAGGGUGUCAAGGAAAUAAAACAUCCGAAAGCGAUCACGGUACUUAAGUGUUUACUGUGCGGUUUGUUUACGAACUGCGCUUGGCAGCGGGGCGCGGGCGCAGGCUGGGGCGGCGGCGGGGCGGCCGGGGGUGGCGGGGCGCGCGCGGCCGGCCGCUACGUGACGGCGGCGGGCGCGGCGGCGGCGCUGCACCCCGCGUCGGCGCUGCAGGCGCUGCGCCCGCCGCCCGCCGCGCUGCUCUACACCGAGCUGCUGGUCACGGGCCGCACCUACAUGCUGACGGCGUCCGCCAUCCAGCCGCACUGGCUGCACCAAGUCGCGCCCGACUACGCGCGCCGCUGCCGCGCCAACCGGUGA